CUGGUAUGAUGAACAAUCAUAUUUCAACUCUUGAUCAAAUUGAAGAAUAUUUAUUUGAUGAUCAUCAAUACUUCUCGUUUCAAACUCCAAGUAAUUCUCUCAUGAACCCCAAACUAGAAACUCACACUCAUCACUCAAACCCCCAGAGUUCUAUCGUUUUUGAAUCCAAGUCUCAAAAUGCUACUAUUCCCACGGCAUCAUCGUCAACAUCAAAUCAUGAUGGUCAGCGAGAGAAUAAUAAAAAGAAGGCGUCAAAGAGUUUAGGUGAAUGGAAACGUUACAGAGGAGUAAGGAGAAGACCAUGGGGGAAAUUUGCGGCGGAAAUUAGAGACCCGAAUAAAAAAGGAUGCAGGAUUUGGUUAGGUACAUUUGAUACUGACAUUGAUGCUGCUAAAGCUUAUGAUGUUGCUGCAUUUCAGUUGAGAGGGAGUAGAGCUAUUCUUAAUUUUCCACUUGAAGCUGGAAAGUUACAUUCUAAACGAAGAGAAGUACAUUAUCAGAACACAUCUAGUGGGACCUGAAAUCAUACUUGUUAAUUGAUUGCAAAGCUUCCUUUAAGCCUAGAUUUAUGAGUGCAUACUCGCAAAGAAAACAUAUGAUUUCCUUCCCAAAAAAAAAAAAAGGAAAAAAACAUAUGAUUGUGUUUUUCCGCUGACUCUUAAAAUUUAUCUCCUUAUUUGUCUUUCUUUUUCUCUGAAAUAUAUAUUUUGUUUUGGUUGGCCUCGUACAACACCACUAACGACAAGGGUAGUAAAUUUACAAGGUCCAGUAACUCUUUCGAUCAUUUCAUUUCUACGUAAUAUUUUUGCUUUAUUCUUUAUGGAUAAAAAUGCACCAUUUUAUUUACAUGAUUGCAAACCAUUGAUAAAACAAAAUAUAUAAAUAAACAAACAAAUUAUGGAAAUAAAAAUCCAAAUUGACAAACAAAUGAUUCUU